AUGGCAGACCUCCCUCCUCCCGUACAAGGUCCAACUGCCAAGGAGAAGAAGUACGAUCGCCAGCUACGCCUCUGGGGAGCUACGGGCCAAGCUGCGCUCGAGAGCUCCCAUAUCCUCCUCAUAAACUCAGGGCCGGGAGUUGUCGGCGUAGAAACACUCAAGAACCUCGUCCUGCCAUGCAUUGGCGACUUCACCAUUCAAGACUCAGCCGUCGUCAAUGAAGCAGACCUAGGCGUAAACUUCUUCCUGGAAGACCAACAUUUAGGAGGCUUCCGUGCAGAACACACAUGCAACCUACUCAAGGAGCUGAACCCAGAUGUACAGGGUCACUUCAUCACAGAGCCUAUCGAGUCGUGGCUAUCACAGCCCAAUGUCCUGCAACCAUACUCGUUGAUUAUUGCGACCGCGCCUAUCCGCCCCGAUAUCCUCGAAAAUCUGUCUAGACAUGCAAGCGCUGCGCUCGUUCCGCUAUUCUAUCUCCACUCCGUUGGCUUCUACGCUCACUUCUCCGUCCAUCUGCCUCCCGCAUUCCCCAUUGUAGACACACACCCUAGCCCCGAAACCACAUCAGACUUGCGGUUACUGCGACCGUGGCCCGAGCUAGUACAGUAUGCGGAAGAGAAGACGGCCGACCUAGAAAACAUGAAGGCUGAAGAUCAUGGCCACGUGCCAUGGAUAGCGCUGCUAUUGCAUUACUUAGAAAAGUGGAAGAAGGAACAUGGGGGAGAGGUGCCACAGACUUACAAGGAGAAGACAGAGUUUAGGGCUUCCGUAUCGCAAGCUGCACGUACAGACAACCCAGAAGGCGGCGAAGAGAACUUCGAUGAGGCAGUGGCAGCUGUUCUGAAGUCUCUCAAUCCACCACAAGCAAGUAGCGCCGUCAAGGAAAUCUUUACAGCACCAGAGUGCCUUCUAGUCCGCCAAGACUCACCGAGCUUCUGGGUCAUCGCAAACGCCAUUGGCUUGUUCUAUACAAAAUACAAUGUCCUACCAGUCCCUGGCUCUGUGCCGGACAUGAAGGCUCGCUCAGCGGACUACAUCGAGUUGCAAAAUGUCUACAAAUCCAAAGCGCGGCGCGAUCUGGCAGAGGUGGUGGAGAGUGUACGAUUUUUGGAGCGCAAUGCUAACCGCAGUGUACCCAUUGACGAAAAGGACAUUGAGACUUUCUGCAAGAACGCAGCACAUAUCAAACUAGUGCGCGGUCGACCAUUUCACAUAGUAGAAGCGGGAGAGAAGAUCAAAUGGGGCGAUCGCGCCAAGUCAAUUGCUCAGACACUCACCUUCCCCGACUCACAGAUCCCGCUGUACAUUGCCUUUCUAGCAUGGGAUGAGUUUGCUGCGACGCACAAUAAAGACGGUCUAGGAGGGGCGCCUCAAGUUGCCGGAGAAACCGACCCGGAUACGGAUUCAGAAAAGCUGAUUGGAAUCGCUCUUAAGAUCGCCGAUGACCUGAUCAAAGAAGCGAAUGUUACUAUUGAGGAGGACGAGUAUGCAACCAUCCGAUCACAGAUUGGAGAUUAUGCACGUGAGCUUGUGCGAGCUGGUGGUGCUGAGUUGCACAAUAUUGGCGCUUUAGCAGGUGGUAUGGUCUCACAGGAGAUCAUCAAAGUGAUCACUGAGCAGUAUGUCCCCGUCGACAACACUUGUGUUUUCGAUGGCAUCAAGAGCAAGAGCACUGUAUUCAGAGUCUGA